CCAUCGCUGAUCUACGGGGAGGGAAAGCAAAUGUGAGAAAAGCCCAAAAUAUAUAUAUAAAAAAGCUUUAAAGCCACAUUCCAUCGCCGAGAGACCCCAGAUUGUUCCUUCCACAUGAAAGUAACACGGCGAGGAGGCCUUGCUGGGCCUCCUCCGCCUCCACGCGCACGAAAAAGGGCGCAGAGCGAUCCUGAAAGCCGGCGCAAAACAGGUCGGCAAAGGAGGAGGCGCGGCGGAACCGAAACCUCCCGAGGAGGAGGAGGAGAAGCGAAGCCCGCGAGCGACCUUCGGGCCUGGACCCCGAAGAACGAGGCCUUGUCGGGCGAGGGCUCCCUCCUACCCGCCCGCCCGCCCGCCCGCCUGAGCCGGGUCUCCCCGGCCUGGGAAGAGGGCGGCGUUCCUCGGCUGUGGAGACUGCGAGGCGGAAGCCAUGGCCGCCAAACUGCGAGGCAAGAUAGGGCGGGCAGGCGGAGAGAGCCGAGCCGGCCCGGGAAGCCGGCGCUUACCUCAGCCCGGUUACCUCAGCCCGGUCGCCGUUGCCGCCGCCGCCGCCUUCUUCUCGGCCAGGUGACUCGUCCUCAUCUGUGGAAAUGGCCCGGGCGAGAGAGAGGCGGAGGCCGGGAGAAGCCGGAGGGAAGGAAGCGGCGCAACGAGGGAGGAGUUUCCUCCGCCUCCGCCGCCGAGCGAGAGAGCGAGGCCGAGGGGAAAGCGAAGGAGGCCGCGCGCCUCACAGCGCCGCCCCGUUUCCCUCACGGAGGGAAAGAAGGCAAGGCCGAGAGUUGCGCUCUUCCCUCAGCGCGGCGGAACCCACUUUGACACACUUCAUAUUCAUUCAUUAAAUAUUAUUGAUAUUUAUAAAUUGAUAUUUAUUGAUUUAAUGCCUUUAACCGUCAUUCAAGAUGUGUUUGUGCCCCGCCAGGCGCCCGCUUCUCACGGAGGGAAAGAAGACAAGGCCGAGAGUUGCGCUCUUUUCCUCAGCGCGGCGGAACCCACUUUGACACACUUAAUAUUCAUUCAUUAAAUAUUAUUUAUAUUUAUAAUUGGAUAUUGAUUUAAUGCCUUUAGACGUUAUUCGAUAUGGGUUUGUGCCCCGCCAGGCGCCCGCUUCUUCAAGGCCGAGAGUUGCGCUCUUCCCUCAGCGCGGCGGAACCCACUUUGACCCACUUAAUAUCCAUUCAUUAAAUAUUAUGGAUCUUUA